ACACACGUGUGUUCAGUAGCAAAAAUUGUUUCUUUGACACGUAAGUGAAUUUCAGUUACCUUAAUAUUAUACUAAUAUAAAACGGGAUGUAUUUCAAUUAUUAUCUCCUCUUUUGCGUGUUAAACUUCUUUACAGCAGUACGGAGCAUUGGACUAAGCAAACACCAAAUCAACUCAUGCGUUGAAUUGUUCGAGAAGUACAAAGGAAGUAAUAAUGAAAUUCCCAGGAUGAGAGCCAUAAAAUAUUUGCUGGAUUUGGGCUAUAGAAAAUUGAGCGAAAUUUUUCCGUCCAAAGAAAAUGUACUCAAUGAUAGAACUGUGUCGGAGUUUUUGGUAUUUUUGGCAGAUCAAGAUAAGACAUCUGACCACUGGGAGGAGAAAGGUUUGACUACUUACGAAGUAAAACUUUUCGUGAGAAUGUUCGACGCUCAUGACAAAAAAAGUGUACACGACGGGCUUCUUACCAACGAUGAGUUAGUGAACUUAUUCGACAAGGAUUUAAACUUAGACCGUGACGCUAAGGAGCAAAUAAAGAACGAAUUCAUUAACGACGAUUCAAUUAACGUACCAAAGUUCUUGGCGGCAAUAGUGAAACAUAAACCAGAAGGAAGAGGCCUAGACAAGACACAGAUAGAAAAAUGCUUCGCUCUGUAUAGAUCUCAUUUGAGCCACCUUAUUACUCGAGCACAAAACGAGUUACUUCAGACGUUACAUAUCGUUUCCGAUGAGUAUAAAAACCUUUUGGAAUUCGAGCACGUCCGGUCCGCUGCAAAGGAGUUACAAGAGUUCUUAGUCUUUUGGGCGGAGUACAAUAAGGGUGUCGAUGAUAAUGCGCCAUUAUUGACUAGUAGACAAGUAAGGGAAUAUAUUUGGAAGUUCACUUUGCACGACCAAGACAAGGACGGUGUGCUAAACUUUUCGGAAUUUAAUCAGCUCGCUAGUACUUACUUUCCCGGAGAAGACGCUGAACUCAUUUUGGAGACAAGCUAUGAUCCCGAUAAUGAUUAUUCAAUGAGCGCUGCAAUGUUCUUGUACAUGCAACUCACGAUACGUUCUGGACAUAGGAGAAUGUGACACAGUCGAAAUUUACUUCUUGGUAUUUUAUUGUUAAAAUAUUAUUUCAAUUAUUUCAAUAAUUUACAAUAUUUUAUUUAAUGUCAUAUUAAUACUCUCAGUUUAAAUUAUAUUAUGUUUUAAAAUAUUGUCUGGUGUCGUAUAUUCUAAAUAAAUAAUGAAAUUUAUGUUUUCUUUUUUAA